UAGAUUCUACAUCACUACCUAUCUAUAUUUGUCUAAUUUAUGUUCUAACCCACAAAUGGUAUCGUUAAAUAGCUUCUCCAAGUGCCCAGUAGCUAGAGUGGAAGUAUGAGUCCACACUCACACGCAUAUUACUGAAAGAAAAUCCAGAAAAUUCACUCAAAUUUUAGUUAAAAGAAUCGGUUUUUGUUCUUGGGGAAGCAGGAGAAGAUCAGAGCUGUGAAAUUAUGGCCCAAAAAGAAGAGUGUGCAGCGCCGGCGCCGGCGCCGGCGGCAGAGACCAAGAAGAUCAUCAACCCAAGGGCGGAGAUCGAUACCUCGCCGCCUUUCGAGUCCGUUAAGGAGGCGGUGGACCGGUUUGGCGGGAGAGGACCCUGGAUUCCCCACCACCUGCUCCGCCUUCCUCCGCCCUGUCAGCACGAUCCCGAGGCCUUAGACCUAAGCAAAAUGGAGGAGCAAGCGGUGAAAUUCGAGAGGGAUUUGAUUGUGAAGGAGCGGGAAGCGCUGAAUGUGUUGAAGGAAGUGGAGGCGGCGAAGAGAUUUGUGGAAGGAUUGAAAGUAAAUUUGAUGGAAGAAGUGUCUGCGUUUAUGUCGAGUCCCGGUUUCAGCUCAGAAUGCAAAUGCCCCAACUCGAAAUCCACAGAUGGGUUGAGCGUUUGUCGAGUUCAGUCCCCGGGCUACGUUCUCAUGGAGUUGAACCAAGCGAAACUCGACCUCAACAAGAUGACCAUAGACCUUGCUGUCAUUCGAUCCUCUGUCGAGUCUCUCAAUAAGAGAGUGAAGGACGAGAGGAGAUGCCUCGAGGGGGGCAAUGAUGGUUCGAGGGCAAACCCGAGCCUCGAGAAAAGCAUUGAUGUCUCUGAUGAGUUGCACUUCGAGUCUGAGCAGUUCAAGAAAAUGGCAGAGGCGUCUAGGUACGAGGUUAUGAAGGCAAUGUCGGAGAUCGAACGAACCAAGGCGAGUAUCAAGAUGGCUGAAAUGAGGUUAACUGCAGCCAAGAAGAUGGAGGAAGCAGCCAAAGCUGUGGAAGCCAUUGCUUUCGCCGAAAGGAAGGCUUUACUGAAUGCCAAAACCUCUCCCGAGGUCUCCCCCGCUAAGCCUACUACAGAUGGGAUAACGCUUCCAUACGAGGAAUACUACGCCCUUACUCAAAAAGCCCAACAGGUCGAGGAUUUAUGCAAGACCAAAUUCGUGGACUCAAAGACUGAAGUUAUUACAACCCGAAAAAAGCUAGACGAAAACACCAAGAAGUGCUUAGAGGAUCACGAAGAUGGCUCUCGAAGGAACAAAGAUGAUGGCCUUUUAGCCAAGUUUAGGAAUUCAAACCCAUCUCUAAGCCAAGGAAACGAGACAGACGGUGCAAAACACAAACCGGUUCCUGUUUUCAGGUCAUCGAUCUCGAUUGGGGAUGUGUUGAGCAGAAAGCUGAUUCUGCGAGACGACAUUGUGGUAGGGAAGCACGUCGAGAGCCACACGGAGAGAAAGCACGUGUCGUUUAGCCAAAUGCUUCGGGAACAGAGCGGGAUCAUAUUGAACCCCACGAAUUCUACCAAAGAUGGCAGCCUGCGAAAGCAAUUCAUAACUCAAAGGAAGAAAUUCGGGUUUAUCCAAGUUCCACUUACUAAGCAGAACAAGAAAAAGGCUCAACCUGUGAACCCUGUGUGAUGCAUUAUCUGACUAAAACAUUGUUAUUGUUCAUAUUAAGUGCCCUCUUCUUCCUUGUGAUCAUGGUUUGCUAUUUGGCUUGCAAAUGUAGGUUGAUUCAUGAAUACUUUCUUUAUUGAGUUCAUAUUUAUGGGGUGUUUGUAUGAUGUCCUCUUCACUGUUUUUUUGUUUUUAUUUAUUUUUGGUUCGACCAAAA